AUGAAUAACCAUUAUCUGCAUACCCUAGACGAAUAUGCUGAAAAUAUCAAAAAUAAUAAUUACUUAGGAUUGACUUCAUUCAACUCCAAGUUGUCAGAAUGGACUAUACUAAUUACUGUAUUAGGUUUUAUAUUUAUGAUCAUACUCCGUUAUUUCGUUGCGGGCAUACAUACUAAAUUAAUACCGAAGGAUAGUAUUUUGUAUAAAUAUUCGAGACAUUCAUUAUUGGAUAAACUAAAUAAAAAAUUUGAUAUAUCUAAAAAAGGUUGUAUAUAUAAAUGGAAAGAAAACUUUUGGUUUGGGUUAUGGCACAGUUUUUCUCUCGCAUAUAAUAUUAUUUUAUUGAUAUCAAUGUCUGGAUACUUAACUAAUAAAGAUGGAUGGGUUAAAACUUGUUUUAAGGAACCUAAUGGAAAAUGUUUUUUUUUAGUUACAGAAGAUGAAUAUAAUGAAAAUAAAAAAGGAUGGCCAUAUAUGUAUCUAGAUAAUCAUGUUUAUUAUUUUUAUUUAAUACAGCUUUCUUUUUGGUCAUCAUGCCUUUUUUAUCUAAAAUAUGAAAUAAAAAGAAAAGACUAUUAUAUAUUUAUAAUGCACCAUUUAGCAACUAUAAUAUUAUUAUUAUAUUCACAAGUUCUUAAUUUAUGGAGAGCUGGAUUAGCAGUAUUAUUUCUUCAUGAUAUAGUUGAUGUUGGACUUUAUAUUUCUAAAACUAUAAAUUACUCAAAGCCAGAAUAUCAAAAACUAUUGACAUUUUUUUAUUCAUUUUUUGUUUUAUCUUUCUUUUUCUUUCGCAUUAUUUUGUUUUUAUUUUAUAUUGUUAUUCCUGUAAGUAAUAUUAAUACGAUCAAGUCAUAUACUGAUGGAUUUAUUAAUUCACAUAAUGAUGUUCCGACUGGAUAUGUUCCAGUUAUUUUUCUUUGGGUAUUGAUGGCAAUGCAUUUUUAUUGGUUUUAUUUAAUUUUGAAGAUGACACGUAUAUAUAUUGUGAAAGCAUGGAAAUCUAGUAAAUCUGAUAUAGUAGACAUACGAAGUGAUAAUGAAGACGAAGAUGACGAAGGGGAGGGGAAGGAACCUCAAAAAUAA